AUGGCCACGACUAGCAGCGCAACUGGAACUACUGGCGUCACGAGCCAGUCUCUGCUUAAGGACAAUAUAACUCUCCAUGACACUGCAGAUGUCGAACCUGAGCACAGGCUGCACAGCUCUUCAAGCGAUGUUGAUGAUUCAACAGAAGCUUCGAACGGCCCAGAAUUUGACCCAGCACAUUGCCUCUUCUGCCUCGACAUCUCCGAAGACAUCGAUACCAACCUCGACCACAUGUCCAAGUCUCACGGCAUGAAUAUUCCGUCACCACACCAGCUUACCGUUGAUCCGACAACUCUUCUGGCAUACCUGAACCUUGUCAUCUCAGUCUACCAUGAAUGUCUAACCUGUGGCACACAAAGACGCAACACCCAGGCAAUUCAACAACAUAUGCUUGGCAAGAAGCAUUGUGCUUUCGACAUCUCUGACGUGGAGUCUGAGUAUCGAGAAUUCUGGGAAUUUGAAGGAGAUAGUCCAGAAGUCGAUGUUGACGGCGAUAACGUCACAUUGCCUUCAGGGAGAGUGAUUAUGUCUCGUUCUGUGAGAUCUACUCAACAGCGGCAAAGAUCAUCAGUUCAACAUGUGGCUCCACUGUCGCUUUCAUACACAUCAUCCUUAGAAGCUUCGGACCUCAACGACACAUCAACCUCCGAUCAACCUUCUCACAAGCAAGCACUCACGAGACAAGACCUUCGUGCAUUGAGGAUGGACAAACAGCUCGGCACACUUAAUUCCAAUGAUCGUCUUGCUCUGGCGCAUCUUCCUGCUCCUCAGCAACGUGCCAUAUUACUUGCACAACGCAGCCAAUUACAAACGGCCAGAAGACAGCAGAGGGCGAUGGAAUCAAGGCUUCAACGAAAGAACAAUCAGACAAUGAUGAAGCAUUUUGUGUCCGAUGUGCCAGGUCCGAAAUUAGGUUGA